GCAACAACAGCUUAUUUUGUUUUGUAAUUCAGCGCGUAUCUCCAGCCUAUCCUGCAGUACCAAUAGUGAGCUAGUACAAAGUAUGAAAAUAUUACAAUCAGUUGUUUUAAUUUUAACUUGUCCAUACGAUUUGAAAAACUUUAUUAACCGUCAUAAGAAUCCGCAAUAAUUAAACAGUGUGUUUCUUCUACAAGAAUACUUGAGGAUACAGUACAUAACCUGAAAAUGAAUGAUGAAGACAUGAUCCGCGUGCGACUGGCAGUUCAUCGCACAAAUACGAAUUUAUCUAACGGUGACCAUGGGAUGCCCAGAUAUUAUACACCCGGUGAAGAGGUGUGUAGUCAGCCUGACUUCAUGAGAGGUCAUGGGACAUACAUGGAUGACAAUGACACGCUGCGCGCAUCCGUCGCUGGUGUGCUAGAAAAAGUGAAUAAACUGAUAUCUGUGAAACCUUUGAAGGCACGAUACCAAGGUGAAAUUGGAGAUGUAAUUGUCGGCCGAAUUACAGAGCUUCAGCAAAAACGCUGGAAGGUUGAUACUAACUCAAAAUUGGAUUCGGCCCUACUUUUAUCCAGUGUCAAUCUUCCUGGUGGAGAAUUGAGGCGGAGAUCAGCAGAGGAUGAACAAACGAUGCGACGUUACUUGCAGGAGGGUGAUUUGAUAUGUGCAGAGGUGCAAAAUGUCUUCGCUGAUGGUUCGCUGUCAUUGCACACAAGGGUUUUGAAGUAUGGAAAACUUUCGCAGGGGAUUUUGUUGAAAGUGCCACCUUCGCUGAUUAAACGAAAGAAGGUUCAUUUCCACAAUUUGUUAAUUGGCGCCAAUUUGAUACUGGGGAAUAAUGGUUAUGUGUGGAUAGGUGCUAGCAUUCACAACACCGAUCGGACAGAAGGUGGAUUUGCUCAAGAUUUGUCCCGUAUACCGCAGCAGGAUCGAGAAAUGUGCGCGCGAUUGCGAAAUUGCAUUUUGGCUUUGGCUCGAUCCAACAUUUUACUCACUGAUACAUCAGUAAUUUACGCUUAUGAUGAAUCUACCAAAUACUCUGCGAAUGAGUUGCUACAACCUGAAGCUGCACUCGACGUCGCACUUCUCACACAGCAGAGGCUUGGUGAGAGAAUUGAUUGAGACGAAGUUAGCAACACAGAAUCACCAAGCUAUGUACUCGUUUAAAAUACAUGCGAGUUUACAAAACAUUGCAGUAUGACAGUCGUGAAAAAUGUACGUUUUUAAUAUUUGUGAAACUGUGAAGUUGAGGAUAACAUUUUGCUUGACCCAAGCAGCAAAAUAAGCUAACAUAAUGUCAAAAUUUUCGAACAUAUUAAUACGUAUUUUAAUUUUUUACUUUGAUAAAUUCAGACAAACUGCUUGUUAAUUAUAGCCAUAAGUAAAAUAAAAAGAAUUUGAAUUUCAAUACAAUUUUUUCAUAUUAUAAACACGAAAGUAUAUUUUGAAUCAAGUAAAAAAUCGCCAUCAUUGAUCACGAACGUUGACAAACCUUAGGACUUUCAUCACUGAACAAAGUUAGAAUAAUAAAGGUAUGGAUGAGAAGUUAUAGAUCAAUUUUGAUUCUGAAAAUGUUAAAAACUUUAAAGUUGUAUGUUGAAGAAUUGAGGGUUUAAUAUAUCUACUGUAACAAAUAAACUUAUCAUAUGUUAUUUCAAAUUUGAUAAAAGUUUUAUUGAUGGACAAUUGAAAAAUGUAUAGGAAAUAAAAAUAAGAGUGGACGAGAAUAACACAAGAGUGUAUUACGUUAGACCUUUGGUUUGCGCUCAAAAAUACAAUGCUCUAAAUUAGAAAGCAAUUACACAUUUGAAACUGCGCUGUAAAAAUAAACAUAUUAUGAUACGGUUGUAUACAUAUAUAUAAGAGCAGUAUUGAGCUUUUACGUUGUUUUCUUUCUUCCUUUGCUUUGAUAUGAUUAGAUUUAGAUGCUUAUUAUAUUAUUAUCAUUAUAUUAUUAUUAUAUUAAUAUAGUUAUUCAUUAUAGUAAAUUUGUUUCCGACAUACAGCUAUACAAAAGCACCGCAUACACAUCUGACACAAAAAUCAGCAUGAAUUAGUUCUGUGAGGUCGAGUCAAUAACUGAUAACCGAAUAUUCUCAUUUCAUUUUUCUCUCUUUCGAAUUAUUAAAUAUUGACUUCAGCACUAAUCAUUGAAAUGUUCGAACAUGACAUGAAAUUUCAACGGUCAGUCGAAUACAGUUGGUUUGAUAAAUAGCAUAUUGUAUGACAAGGAACCAAACUCGGUCUUUUCGGCCCGAGUGUAAAUUCGCAAUAUGAGUCGUAGGUGAGCCGAAGAGGAAUAUUGCAAAUACGCGAGGUUAAAAGACCGUUGCCUUCUUGUUGCACACGAUUCUUUAUAUGACAAAAAUAUGUUGUGCCUUUUUCACGACGCACGAAAUUGAGGUUAGGGUUGCGUCAGGUCAGAUUCGUUCGCGACAGCGCAUGCGCGCAGUACAGAAAAGAUCACUUUCAACUGCUAGGACUAAAGUGGUCUUUUCAGUAUCCCGUGCAUGCGCAUUCGCACUCACUCAACCGUCAUAGAAACGGGUACUUUGUGUACGGAAAACACGCAAAACAUGCUCGUUAUAUAAAAGCAUACUCAUUCGAAUUAUACUUUAAUUCUGAAAUUGUACAAAAGCUAUUAAAUUCAAGGCAAUGUACAGGCUGAGGAUAAUGGGGUUUGCGCAUGGGACUUGUAGAGUUCAAGUUUAAAAAUAAUAAAUAAAAGAUUCUAAAUCUAACAGUCUUGAAAAGUGAAGAGAAAACUAGGAUUGCGAUGAGUGAGAAAAUUCGGGAAUUAAUAACCAUUCAAAUAAUUAUUGUCAAAUGUUGAAAAUAUUUCAGCAUGAUUAUCAUUUUAUUUUUACGAGGCAUGUCUAAUAAAAUAAAUAUCACCGGUACUAAAUCUGAACUGAGUCUUUGAUCUGUGUUUUUCUAAUUUGAGAAUGUUACAAAUAUACAUUUUUUUAAUAAUAAAAUUUUUAGACAAAUAAUGCUCAUAAAGUAGCCGUGUAUCACAAGGUGUAGUAAUCUCAACCUAUCUAAGAGUUUGUGUUAGUACAUGAUAACCGCGGCCCCAUUUCAUUCCUCAGGUACGAUUAUUUAUUACAUUGCGAUAAUAAGGCAAAAAUGUGCUUCAAAGCUAUUGGUAUAUUCUACAAUUCAUAACUAAGUCUUAUUUUACGUAUUUAUGAUUAUUGUUAAAUAUCAUCACAAGCCGGUGGGAUAUUUAGGUAAAAGACUUGAAAUACUGCGCAGUGUCAUGAGCUGCUUCUAAUCACAAUCGCGUAGCAAGGGUAUAAUCAUCUUCAUUUAAUAUGAUUGCACUAUAUCUUAAGUAAACAUAAAUAGAGUAAAAAUAAAAAACAGUGUCGUUUUUUUAAUUUUCUACAAACUGAAAAAUUAGUACUACUUUUGGCUCUGUGUGUGUUUAGCUAAAUACAGCGUUAAUAUUUGAUGUAUUUAUUUCUCUUUAAAGGUGUGAUACAUACAGUGUUGUACGUAGCAAAAAUUUUCCACGAACGUGUUACGUUUUCUCUUCAAAUUACUUUGUUAGACCUAUAAGAAACAAAGCAUGCCUAGUGAAGUCUUGCGAACAUGAUUUAUUUUACUUUAUCUUUUUGUAUUUUUUUAUGAAGAAGCAUGCAUUCUUCAUGAUUUUAGAUCAAAAUUUGGAUGGGUUAUCCUAUUAUUCGGUUUUUAAACCAACUUCCAAUUAAUCAAUCAUUGGUGCUACUGUAUAGUUAAGUAUAUUUAUGGGAAAAGGUGCGAACAGGCAACUGAUUCUUUUUAUUGGUUAGUUGUAAAACUUUAAAUUGUGUUGAAAAUCAAUGGGCUAGACUGUCUGAAUGAAAAGUUAGGAAAGGAGGAAACUUGUUCCAAAUAUUACCAAAAAUGUUGGUAUAAAGUUGGGUGGUCCUUAAAAAGGUAAUUUUUUAAUGUCCACUAUUUCACCCUCCAAAUUGGCGCCAAAUAAUUCCCUAAUUUUUUCAGAUCUUUAUCUCGACUGUAACCCGUGCCGCCAGAGGGUUGAUUUCCCCAUUUAACCCUAUUCAAGGAAAUAGCAAAUCUACCAAAUGGAUGUCGUAUAAAUAUGUUAGAGGAGUUCCUUGGAUCGCUGAUUAUGAAUCCAGACUCAAAAUUUUGAAGUUCAACAUAGUGGAUCCAAUAUGGCAAUACCAAGUGACUUUUGGGAUAUUUGUCUACCAUAUUGGAUCCACCAUUUUGAAUUUCGUAAUUUUGAGUCCAGAUUUGUAAUCAACCAUCCAAGGAACUCUCCGAUGUCCAAUUUCAUCAAUAUGAGUUUGCUAGCUUUACUGUUCCAUUGAAAAGGGUUGAAUGGGAAAAUCAACCCGCUGGCGGCAAGGAUUAGAGUUGCAAUAAAAAUGUGAAAAAUUAGAGAAUUAUUGUUGAAUUAUUUAGAGCUGAUUUCGGGGGGUGAGGUAGUCGAAAUUCGAAAAUGAUUCUUUUAAGGACCACCCUAAUGUACAGCAGAGUCUCUAACUCCAGACGUCACAAUUGCACGUUGCCUCCAAUCAUAAAUGUCAACACUGCUCGUUAUCCAGACCUACAAAUGUCACAACUCGUUCUUUUCCUAAGCAAAGCAAUCGCGAACGAGCCUACUUUAGUUACAAUAAAGUAUGAUAGAUUAGCUCACUAGCUCACCAGCUAUUCGCUGCAAUGUAAUUGAUUGCCGCUAUUAGGAUAUUAUUAACAUGAGUGUAUUGCAACAAAAAAAUGUUACAUGCUGUUUGUAAUAUUUGACAAAUCUCUGCUAGCUCAUGUAUCAAUACUUGUUGAAGGUGCGCCAACUGUACUUACAGCGUAGGUCCAUUGCUCGUUGAUUACACGAUGAUUGUAAUAAAUGUGCACCAUUGCGUCCAGGAUGGAAUACAAAUUUUACCUAAUACUGAUUCGAGACUAUAGAGAAAAAGUGCUAAUCAGUAAGCAUAAAUCUUUUAAUAUUUUAAAGGAGGGUGAUUGAUGCAGAAGCGCUUUAUGUGAAUGUUCUUCAUUUCCAUUCAGAAUCUUAGAAAAUUAGAUUUGAUUAUUAAUUUUGAAAAUUGCUGUAAGGUGUGUUGGCAAUUUAGCACGAUGUUAAGACUUGUUGCAGCGAAUCGCCGGUAACCACCUUUAGAUAGGCAAGCUGACCUACUUUACUUUAUUGUAACCAUAAGAGACUCCCUCGCGUUUGUUUUGCUUCAUAAAAUACAAGUUAGGGACGACAUGUGGUCGAUACGACCCAUUUUUGGAACACUAAGGUUUGGCAAUUUGGCAGUUUUGGAGGUCGAGACUUUGAUAUGCACACAGGAAUGUUAUUUGCGACAAUGAUUGUAAAGACAAUUAAUACAAUAUCCCUCCUAUCUAACAGAAUUGAAUCUCAUCAAAUUCAAAUAAAAACUUGAGAAAUCAGCAAUUUGAGAAAAAGCUGUGCGAUUCGAAUGUUCAAACGAUUAAACUCCAGUAUUCAUGAUCUGAUUUUAAUGUUUUGGGCUCAUUUUAUUUGUUUAGUUUUUGUUAGUUUAAAUUUUAGUUGUAUUUCAUCUCUGCAGAAUAUGAUAUUUUUGUGCCACAUUUUGUUACUAACGUAACUGGGUUUUUCAGAGAUGAAAAAAAAAAAAAAAAAACUUAUUCCAACAAGAUCCCCAUAAAUUGUGAGAAAAAUAUACAAGAAAUUUUACGUUAUAAUCAAAAUGUGCAAAUUUUAUUCUGCACUCAACAUCUGUCCUAUCGUACUUACAAAAAUUAACUUUUAUCCACUCUGGUAAUAAUUAUUAGUAGAAUCUUUUUCAAGUGAUCUCUCAAAAACUGUGGUGAAUAAAAUAAGCCCGAAAAUAUUAAAAUAAAAUGAAAUAAAACAACGUUUAAUCAUUUUUACCAUGUGAAUUAGAAUUACCUUCUGUCAAAUUGUUAAUAUCAGCUUGCGUUAUUCAAAUCAGCUUAGACGCAUUUUUAUUCCAUAAUAGGGAUCUUGUUUUACUCGUGCUUUCUAAUAUUAGUGCAAAUUGACAUUGCUAAAGAUUUUUUGAAUGGUUUGACUUUCUAAAAUUUGAUAGAGAUAAUUCAGACGAUUCAUUCUUAAUGUUAGUUUCACAAAAGUAUCAGUCAAAUUCGUGAAUAAUCUAUUCGCAAUCUAUUAGAAGGUCCAAUAUCAGUUAAGAGUGUGAUGUGUCUUGUUUAAACAGCUGGCCCAUUUGGACAGUUGCGUUCAACAUCGAAAACAGUGAAUAAAAACUACACAAGCGUCA